AUGUCGUUCAGGAAGACGGAUAUCAUUUCAGAAAACCAUUUAAGGGCUGGUUUUGAUGAUGGCAAAGACAAGAGACAUCUUUCAAGAACGAAUGAUCAGGAGCCAGACACUAACCAACCACUAACAAACUCUGAAGAUAGAGGGUAUUUAUCCUCUCUCGUCACGCCAGUAAAAAGUGUGGUCACGGAAGUAUUUGGGGAUAUACCAAAGGUUGUAGAGCACAUGAAAGCUCUUUUAGUCUUAUGUGCCAAUCAGAUCCGCGUGAACGAGGGCUUCCAUCACCAUAAUUUGAAAAUCACCAAUGCAGAGGAUGAUUUUUUUGGCCAUAAGACUUAUCGAGAGUGGGCAAACGAUGUGCUCACAAUGUUCCAAGGCGACCAUGUCGUGGCACAAUAUGCGAUUAUCUUAACGUUGACAAAUGAACACUUUCACGCAGAUAUGGGGGUGCGCAGUAUGCUGGAAAAAGCAAUAACCUUAUAUCCGAUAAAAAGAGAACUUGUCGAUUUGGAGGAUGCGCAGAUAAAGUAUUGGGCAGACAAAGACAUGCUGCCAUCCAAUGUCUUUAAAUGGCUCAAUUUCAAUAAGGACAAUGUUCUAGACCGUCGAUUACUCGCACAAUGGACGGCAUUUCUCACGCAUCGUCACGAGAAUUCCCUUGAUAAGGACCUUGUAGAUGAUGAGAAGGUGUACGAAAUGCUCAUCAAGGAAAUGGCAAAGAUGUACAAGACGAGUGAUCUAGUCGACAUUAUAGUAAAGGCAGAAAAAAAAGAACCCCAGUCAACCCAUUUGGAAGACGACUGCUUGGGAUUACGGAUUGGCGCUGUUUAA